CCUCUCAGACCAGCGGUGUCUUGUUAAAAGGGGGGCCCUGCAUGGUCACAUUAGAGGUACAGGGUCUUGUGUUUCUGUCUGUUGUUCUGGAACAAAACAAAAAAAAAAAGAAACAAACCCCCAGCUGAGCGGACGGAUAACAUCUCUCUGUCUCCCCCGGUGCCAGAAAGUGAAACGUCAAAGAUGCUGUGUGUCUCUAAUGCUUCAUUAAUCAUGCAGAUUCAGCUGAGCCCAAACCAGGUCAGGCAGGCUUUUGUUGGGGUGGGUGUGUGUGUACAUACGUGUGGCUUUUCAUGAGUUAAGGAAGCCUAAAUAAUUCAGCCGGUGGGGCAAGGUGCUUGAGGAAUCUCAAAUGGCCCUUGCACUCCGUGUGAUGGAAAACACUCAAAUCUGAUCAGCCGGAUUUGCUUUCACACUCACGCGCCCACAGUCGCACAGGAUGAGGAGCCGGUGUUGUGUUACUUAUGAGUUUUCCUUUGUGUACAGGUCUAGAAGAAGCCCACCACCGGGACAAUGACCUCGGGGUUAUUAAGCACACUUUCAGUGGUCCAACUCUUGCUUUCUGUCUUUGUUCCUCCUCGUCUCUCUGCUCCAGUUCCUCCAGUUCCCUUAUUGAGGCGUCCUGGUGGGGCAACCCAGCCGUGGCCCGUCCACACCCACCCUGCAGGACACGUCCACAGGUCCCACUUCCCUCCUCCUCCUCCCCCUCCUCACCUUCCUCUCUUCCACACCCGCCAUGCAGAGGAGAGCGCCGAGCGGCCCCAUCUGGUCACCAUCGUCCGUCCAUGUGGUCAAAGUACACUACGGAAGGUGACAGUGCUGUUGAACCGCAGGGGCGUGGUGUCCUUCGAGCAGCUGCUAUUGGAUAUCUCGGAGGCGUUGGGGUUUCCUCGAUGGCACAGAGCCAGAGUUACACGCCUCUACACGACACAUGCACGAGAGGUUAAAGGUGUGUGUGAUUUCUUCCGAGGCGAGGUGGCCUUCCUGGCUCUCGGUAAGUCUCGUCCUGAGCUGAGCUGUGUGCAGGACGCUCUGGAGGAGCUGUUUCCUGAACAUUCACACUACCGAGCUGAUGCACUGCGGGCCUGGGAGAAGAGGCUCUGGCUGGCCCCAGAUAAAGCUGCCAAGGCCGACAGUGGAUACAGCGAAGGAACAGACAGCAGCAGGACCAACCAGGAGACACACCAAGAGACAAACGCACACGUCAAGAACCACACUAACACUCACACAUCUCCGCAUACGGACACACACGACACAGACAACUAUCAUUUAGACUCUCAGAAACCUCAUAAAAAGAAUUUGUGCAGAAAACCUGCUCUUCUUCCCAACCACCUGCAGAGACUGCGAGUUAGAGGCAGAGUCAGAGAGAGACAGGCUUCUGUUAUCGGCCCAUUUAAACACGACGAGGGUGUCAGAGAAGCAGACAUCUUGUCUCCUACUCUGUGUGACAAGUGCUUAGCCAGAAGAGCUAAACAUCAGGGUCCGGAAGUGAUCAGUUUGCUGUCUGGGAGGGUCCCGCUGCCUCCUGUGUCGAGCAAGCAGAAAGGAAAUUCUCAAACAGAGCAGGAAGGGGGAAAUCUGGAUCAUUUCAACCCUUCAGCUGCUCGGCCAAUCAGCAGAGACGAGGAGAAGAGUCUUAUACAAGGUUUAAACGCAGCUCCAGAUGUGCAGAAAGACACACAGAACAAGGCGACCUUUGACCUUCCCUCAGACGGCAGCAGUGUCACCCUGCAGGACAUCGAGCGUUGCUAUGAGAUUGGACGUGUGAUGGGAGACGGCAACUUUGCUGUGGUGCGAGAGUGCCGCCGUCGUGACAACGGCCAAACCCUCGCCCUGAAGGUUGUCGAGCGCUCCAAGCUGAUCGGCCGGGAGCACAUGAUGCAGAACGAGCUGAGCCUUCUGGGUAGCCUGUGUCACCCUCGUGUGGUGCGGCUGUUUGCCCACCACCACACCCACACCCACUCCUACCUGGUGAUGGAGCUGGUGAGCGGAGGGGAUCUGUUCGAGGCCAUCAGCGACAGGGGCAAGUUCUCAGAGGCGGAGGCAGGACUGAUGGUGUCGGACGUGAGCGAGGCGCUGAAUUACAUCCACUGCAAGAGCAUCGUCCACAGAGACCUGAAACCAGAGAAUCUGCUGAUAGAGCAAGCAGCUGCAGGCAUCUGUAGGCUGAAACUGGGAGACUUUGGUCUGGCCAUGGUAGUGACUGAACCAGUCUUCACCGUAUGUGGCACACCCACGUAUGUAGCCCCCGAGAUCCUCUGCGAGACAGGUUAUGGUGUAGCGGUGGAUAUAUGGGCCCUGGGUGUGAUUCUCUAUAUCCUGCUGUGUGGCUUCCCCCCAUUUCGCAGUCAGGAUCGGGACCAGGAGGAGCUGUUCAAGCUAAUAAAACAAGCACAACUUCAUUUCCUGUCCCCGUACUGGGACCCCAUCUCAGAGGAAGCUAGAUGCCUCGUUAGAGCUCUGCUUCAGACGGACCCCACAGUGAGGCUGACGGCAGAGCAGACCCUCCUGCAUCCCUGGGUGAAAGCUAUGGCUUCGAUGUGCAGGCAGAGGGCACUCACAGACAAAACUCAGACGAACACAGCAGAACCGAACACAGUCCAGACACCAAAUGCAGCAGAAUCACUGAGAAACCAGCGAGGAAUCACGCCGAAAGAGCUCAGCAGAAAAGACAACAUGAAUACAGGAAGAGGACAAGAUGAGAGCAAGACGAAUGCAGUCCACAUCAUGUCUCCACAGGUCAAAGAGGCCACACCGGGUCAGCAGAAACCAGAGUCCACCUCACAAGAAAUACAGGAUCCAUAUCCAAACACAAACUCUGCUGAACUCGAUCAUCUUAACCCCCCGGCAGCCCAAACCGAGCCUCCGUCGAUACAUUCAAAACAAAACAGCCAGCAUCCAUCACCUCCAGAUUCCCCACCUCCAUCCAACACAUCUCAACAAACCACAGCGGGUCCCUCAACACAACACAACCCGUCCUCCGACCCAGCAGCAGCUUCUCCAACUCUUCAUCAGCACGACUUGACCUCCCCACCCAGCCACCCAUGUGAAAACCAUAAGGAGCAGGGCGGUCACACCACCGUCACCCAUCCACCCACACAGUCCUGAUAGCACUGUUCAUCUACCAUUUGACCGUGUGAUUAGAAGAGGGUCAUCAGUCUGCUUGUUCCGGACAUUACCGCUGGAUCCUCGGCUGACCUGCAGAUGACAUAAUUCACUCUCCUGGGAUGAAUGGGGUCUGAUUGAUGGAGCUGGAUACAUCUCAUAACUGUGUGUAAUCCAUUUGUUCUGCAAUCAUAAAUUAAUCAUGAGAUAUUAUGUAAUGACCGAGGUAUGAAUGUAUCUAGAACUGUGUAAGAGGAGGAUGGGAAGAAAUAAGGAACUGUGAGUUUGUCAUUUUAAAAAAAAAAUGUUGUGAUGUAUACAUGUAGAGACAAUUUUAUUCUGCAAACCAUGCUGAGUUUAUCGUCUAUCUGUUGACGCUGACCCAUCCUCCUUUUAUAUUCCUAGAAGUCUAUCUUAGGAUCAUCCCUCUUGCGUUAUUUGUUUACUACAUGAUUACAAAAUAGCUACACAGACAGCUGUUGUUUAGUCUUAGUAAAUUCUUGAAUGCCA